AUGCUGGGGAAGCUCUUCCUCCUUCUUGCCGGGUGUGCCACCCUGGUCUCGGCUGCUCCUGCAUCAUCCCCAGAAAUCACCGGUGACCCCGACAACUAUAAUGGCAUGAAGCUAACUGUUCAGGCCGUAAUGGAAAUGGAAGAACCAGCCACUGAGGCAGACUCCCCCCGUGAGGUGAAAAUAAUGCUGAGCUCCCACGACUCUGAUGAAGAAGACAGUGAUGAAGACAGUGAUGAAGACCAUAAGGUCGACGGUGAAACAGAAAACAGUGACGUGUUGGCCCAUGACUCAGCAGACAGCGGUAAAGAGGACAGCGAUGAAACAGACCUGACCACGAGCUCAGACUUCACCACCAUGGCAUUGGCCCCUGUCCCAGACAUCACUAAUGACAUUGCAACCGCCGCUAAUAUGUAUUUGAACAUUCCCACUUUUGCUCCUGUUGAUAAGGAAUCCAACACCCAUAUCUUUGGGGAAGAAGCUACCGAGGCCUCCGAGUCUGAGAGGAAAGGCUGA